AUGCGAACCUUUCAUUCACCUCUUACGAUUAUUGAGACGCUGGCUAAGUCGCAUGGGGAUGCUGCGGCAGUCAGAUAUCUGUUACCUGUUUCUUCUACGGAGUACAAGACAAUCACAUAUGCUGAGUACUGUAAUGAUGUUGAGAAUGCGGCAAAGACAUGGUUAUCUGUGUUGUCCCAGGCAGGUAUUGCUAAGGGUGAUCGGAAUCUGGAUGAGAGGAUGGUCAUACCAGGAUCUUCUACACUAUUUAUCUCUCCAAAGGGCUGGCUUCAUUCCACAACUAUUCUCACUUCGCAUGACGAACCCAGCCUGAAGGACUGCCCGGUUUCGACAUUUACCAGCGAAAGAAAUUUGGGAAAAACUGCGCCUCAGGAUCAUGAGCUUGAAAAGGUGACUACUGCUUUGAACGGCGAUCAAGUCUCAGUCAUCUUUCAAACUUCAGGCUCAACUUCAGGAAUCCCAAAACUUGUUCCAACUACUGUGAGAUGGAUGGACUGCUUGAUUCGCAAGAACAAGCCAUAUACACGCACCGGACCGCAGCCUGUGUACUGCCUCAUGGGUUCUCAUGCCCAUGUAGGCAACACCAUUAAUCUUGCGGAGGCACUAGCCAACGCAGGCUGUUUGAUCGUACCAAACAGUAUUCCUUAUCCAACUUCUGAGUUGCAGAGCAUGAUUACCCAUGGUGGAUUGACGGCCUUUUACAUAUUCCCGGUCCUUCUCUCUGUCUUCAUCCGGGAAGCACGCACCAACACCAUUUUACUCGAGCAGCUUCAGAGUUUGCAUCACAUCUUUCACGCUGGGCAGGUUUUGGAGCCGUCGGAUCAGGCUUGGGCUCAUCAACAAGGGAUCAAGCUUGUUGAUACCUACGGUUCCACCGAGAUUGGACUAUCGAUGCGCGCAUCUUCCAGUUCGAAAUACCUAACUCCAUUUCAGGAGUCGGGUUGUGAGUUCAUCCCUCUUGGAGGAAACUCAUCUUUAUCAGAUCAACUUCUUGAGCUUGUCAUCCCUGCUGAUGCAGAUGACUGUCCACAUCCGUCACUCAGGAAUAAGACAGAUGGCAAGUUUCAUACUGGUGACCUCUUCCAGCGAGUCGCCGAAGAUCAGUACUUGUACAAAGGACGAGUUGAUGAUAGAAUCAAGAUGCAGAUGUCUCUGGUGUGUGACGCAGGAUCGCUUGAGGCAGAAGCAAUGCAAGUCUGCCAAGCUGAUCUGAUCUCCGCUGUAUCUGUCAUCGGAUAUGGACGCCCCAGUCCAGCAAUUAUCGUCGAACCCAAGAAUGACGAAAUAUUAAAAUCGGGCGAUGACAAUUUGGCGAAAUUCAAGGAAGAAAUCCUGCGCAGGAUAUCGCCGUUUCACGAGCGUAAGUAUCUCCACGAGCGAAUUGAUGAUCCACGCCUAGUUUUUGUUGUACCCCAGGGAGCACUACCAAUGACAGCGAAGGGGAAUAUCAUGAGGAAGGCGGUGGAAAACAUGUUCUUUAAUGAACUAGAGAAACACUUUGCGGUCAUUUCACCCGCGUAA